UAGAGGAGACGUGACGGGAGAGGCGCUGGUGUGUGCGGGUGCCGUCUGCUGCUGCAGCAUCUUGACCCUCUUCUGGCACGAUUUACAGGGUUGGGUGUACAAUCAGGCAUUCCCCCGGUCAGGUUUCAAGCCGGGUGAGGGAGCAAUGCUGCCAGCUCAGGGCCCCAGACCCAUGGUCCCACCACACAUGCAAGGUGGAAUGAAGCCUGGCAUGCCUCCCAUGAGGCCCCCUGGACCUGGGCCAGCUCCCACCAUGGCUGGGCUCAACCAACAGAUGGGAGGCAUGAACCUGGGCGUGCCACCAGGACCUAAUCAGAUGAAGCCACCUCAAGGACCAGUUGCCAAUGGGUACCCAUACACUGACCUUCAGAAUGGCCCACCUCUUGGUCCACCAUCUGGACCACCAGGUGGUCCACCAUCUGGGCCACCAUCAGGUCCACUAUCAGGUCCGCCAUCUGGUCCUCCUGCACGACUUCAACCAGGACCCCCCAUGAGGCCUCCUGGGCCACCAGGGUCACUUGGACCACCUGGUCCUCCUGGCCAGCUGGGACCAGGUCCUCAGCCAUCACCUUCUUCCACUCCUGGUGUUUCACAUCCUAACCCACCCUCACCUGCAGUGUCAUCCCAGCCAACACAAGGACAGCCUCCCAAGCAGCCUGACCUUUCUCCAUUUAUGGGUGGACCUCCAAUGCAACCUGGUCCUCCAGGACCUCCAGGUCAGCCAGGGCUCCCUCCUUCAUCCAUGGCAGGAUCCCCAGGUCUGCCUGGCAUUCCUCCUCCUUCCAUGGGAGGACCCCCAAGCCAACCUGGUCCCCCAGGACCACCAGGACAGCCUGGCCUUCUUCCUCCUUCAAUGGGAGGGCCUCCAGGUCAGUCUGGUCCCCAAAAUCCUCCAAAUCAGCCUGGUUUCCCGUCCUCCCCAAUGGCAGGUCCUCCUGGUCAGCCUGGCUUCCCUCCGUCCUCAGUGGCAGGACCACCGGGCCAGCCUGGCAUUCCUCCUCCUUCCAUGGGAGGCCCUCCAAGACAGCCUGGUCCCCCAGGACCACUGGGCCAGCCAGGUCUUCCUCCUUCUUCAAUGGCAGGACCACCAGGCCAGCCUGGCCUUCCUCCCUCAUCCAUGGCAGGACCUCCUGGCCAGCCUGGGUUUCCUCUUUCAGGGGCAAGAUUCUCAGGCCAGUCCAAUCUUCCUCCUUCUAUGGCAAGCCCCCAGCCUGGACCUCCUCCACCAUCAAGCCAGCCUGGCCUCCCUCCAUCUUCCAUGGCUGGACCUCCAGGCCUCCCUCCCUCUUCCAUGGCAGGACCUCAUGGCCACCCUCCCACCUCCAUGGCAGGACCUCCUGGCCUCCCUCCCUCUUCCAUGGCAGGACCUCCUGGCCACCCUCCCACCUCCAUGGCAGGAACAUCUGGCCAUCCUCCCACCUCCAUGGCAGGACCACCUGGUCAGCCAGGCUUUCCUCCCUCUUCUAUGGCUGGCCCUCCAGGUUAUCCUCAGCCUCCUGCACCAGGGCAGUCACAACCACCAAGGCCUGGAAUGCCACCAGGCCCCGGCGUGCCACCAGGUCAAGGAAUGCCUCCUAGGCCGGGACCAGGCAUGCCACCACGACCAGGCAUGAUGCCACCAGGCCCAGGCAUGGCAGCAGGACAAGGGGUCCCACCUCAGCCUGGCAUGCCCCCAAGACCUGGCAUGAUGCCACCAGGGCCAGGUGUUCCACCAGGACCAAAUUCACCACAAGGCAACAAGCCUGGCAUGCCCCCAAGCCAGGGUGGUGCUCCAGUUAAUGGCAUGGGUGGCAGCAUGCAAAACCGGUACCCAGGGGCUGGUGGGAUGAGUGGACCUGCAUACUCUCAGGGCCAGAGUCGUCGCCUGAACCCUGACGACAUGCCCAGCCCCCUGCAGGUGAUGGAGGAGGACAGGCAGUGUCGCAGUGGGGAGUUCAUCACCAACAUGAAGGGACAAGUGCCACCACUGGUGACCACAGAGUUCACUGUGAGAGAUGGUGGCAAUGCCUCCCCCCACCAUCUGCGCUCCACCAUGUACAGUGUCCCCCACACCCCGGAGAUGAUGAAGCAAACACAUGUGCCCUUUGGCCUGGUGAUCAGCCCCAUGGCUGAGGGAUCUGGCCAGGAUAGUCCCCUGUAUGUGGGCACCAGUCUGGAGAAUGGACCUGUCAGGUGCAACCGCUGCAAGGCUUACAUGAGUCCACUGAUGCAGUUCAUGGAUGGUGGCCGCAAGUACCAGUGCAAGCUGUGCCGAGGUGUGGUAGAGGUGCCAAAGGAAUACUUCUGCCACAUGGAUGGCCAAGGCUCUCGGGCAGACAAAUUCCAGCGGCCAGAGUUGUGCUGUGGCUCAUAUGAGUUCAUUGCCACUGCAGAGUAUUGUAGGGAUAAGUUGCUGCCCAAAGAGCCAGCUUUCAUCUUUGUGAUAGAGAUGAGUCAGUUGAUGAUGCAGCGUGGGGUGAUUCCUCUCCUGUGUCAAAAUAUGAAGGAUAUCCUAGAGCAGCUGCCACGUGACACCAUCAAUGGCUCUCCCGCGCCACAAUCCACCAUGCGGGUUGGCUUCAUCACCUACCAGUCUGAUGUUCAUUUCUACAAGAUGGAUGGACAGGCACCAGAAAUGUGUGUUGUUUGUGACCGUGAGGGCAUGUUUGUGCCAGUUCCCAGUGGAGUGCUGUGUGAUCCCCAAGAGGCUGCCCAGAACAUUGAAAAGCUAAUGGAGAGCAUCCCAGAAAACUUCAAGGGCACCCGAGAAACUUCAGGAGCCCUGGCUUGUGCUGUGAGGGCUGGCAUGGAGGCCCUCAAGGCAGCAGGCAGGGUGGGCAAGCUGUUUGUGUUCCAUUCCUCCCUACCAAUGGCUGGGAAUGGCAGUCUCAAGAUGAGGGAGGACAGAAAGCUGCUUGGAACUGAUAAGGAGAAGAGCAUGCUAACCCCUCAGACGUCUUUCUACAAUAAUCUGGGUCAGGACCUGGUGGCGUCUGGUUGCUCUGUUGACAUGUAUGUGUUCAACGAUACCUAUGUGGACCUGGCCACCGUUGGACAGGUGCCCCGACUCACUGGUGGUCAGUGCUACAAAUAUGCUUACUUCCAGUCCAAUAAAGAUGGGCCAAGGCUCCUGCAGGACCUGAAACUCAAUGUUGGGCGGGAAAUUGCAUUUGACGCCAUCAUGAGAGUGCGCACCUCGCAGGGGGUGAGGCCAGUGGAGUUCUUUGGCCACUUCUUCAUGUCAAACACAACAGACGUGGAAUUGGCCAGUAUUGACGCCAGCAAGGCCAUUGCCAUUGAGGUGAAGCACGAUGACAAGCUCACUGAGGAGGACGGGGUGUACAUUCAGGCAGCUCUCUUGUACACCUCCUGUGGUGGUCAGAGGCGCCUGCGCAUCUUCAAUUUGGCUCUCACCAUAUGCAAUCAGAUGGCAGAUCUCUUCAAGAACUGUGAACUGGACACACUAAUGAACUUCUUUGGCAAGCAGUCUGUUGUAAGACUGCUGGAGAACAAUGCCAAACAGGUUAAGGAGAACUUGGUAGCCCGGACAGCCAACAUACUGGCUUGUUACCGCAAGAAUUGUGCCUCUCCCUCCUCACCUGGCCAGCUCAUUCUGCCUGAGGCCAUGAAGCUGUUGCCAUUGUACAUCAACUGCCUGAGUAAGAGUGAUGCCAUCAGUGGCGGUCAAGACCUCACAUGUGACGAACGUUCAUGGCAAAUGUACCUCCUCUGCACUGCCCCCGUGGAAGCCUCAAUGGUGUACUUCUAUCCAAGAUUACUGCCACUCUCAGAUGUAGACCCACAGAGCACAGGGCUGCCUGCUCCACUGCGCACGUCGUACGACAAGCUGCAUCCUGAAGGCGUCUUCUUGCUGGAAAAUGGAUUGCAGAUGUUUGUGUGGGUUGGCUCCAAUACUCCUUCCUCCUGGUUGGGAGAUGUGUUUGGUGUUGCUGCUCCACACCAGCUGGAUCCAGUGAUGGCUGAGCUGCCGGAGAGGGACAACGCCACCUCCAGGCGAGUCAGAGAUAUCGUGGCCACAGUCCGGGGCCAAAGGAAGAAACACGUGAGGAUGUUUGUGGUCCCCCAGCAAGGCAAGCACGAGAUGGUGAUGAGGAAUUACCUGGUGGAGGACAAGGGUUUGUAUGGCACUCCUAGUUAUGUUGACUUCCUCUGUCACGUCCACAAGGAGAUUCGUGCACUGCUGUCCUGAGACAUGUGGCAGCACUACCCAUGGAUUGCCACCACCACCUCUCCCUCCUCCCCAUGUACUGUAGGACCAUCUAUGGUUGCCACCUCUUCCAUAAGCCCUCCCUUUUCUACUGCUUGCAAAACCUUACCUACCAUGCCCUCUGCUUUCUCCUCUUCCUCUCCCAGUAACUGUAGUCCCACAGUAACCGCCAGAACAACCUCUCGCUGCACACGUCAACUCCCUUACCAGCUUUUUGCAGAAGCGCCCUGCACCCCAAAUACUCAGCAAGAAUGUAGGACCAGUGUUACAUAUCCUAAGGUGGCUUCUACACUGCAAAACUGGCACUAGAGGGCUCAGGCAUUGCUUUUUUGGCUGAGUCUACUAUGCAAGUUGUUUCUGUUGGUCAGGCCUACUGGAAUGUUAGGACCUGAGAUAACAGUAUGGAGCCAGUCAUUCCCAGAAGUGCUGUAACAAGGUGCAUAACAUGGGUAGCUGCUGCUACUACUGCUGCUGUUAUUACUGUGGAUAAUUUGUGACACAUGCUCAGACCAGAAGAUGGCUACAGGGAUUCUUCAGUUUUAAGUUGUUCAUUUUUCCUGCCAUUAGUCUCUCACAGACUAGUCCAGAAAAGUCCUUCUAAUACACCCAUCUAGUGUGAACACUAGAUCUGCUAUGCUACAAGAAGGAUCUGUUGUGAACUAGAGAAGAAAAGCUAAAAUGAACAGCUUAAAUCAGUCUUAUUGUAUAUAGACAUUUUGAUACUUGUUAAUGCUGGAUCAAGAGAGGAUCAGGGGUCAUGUUGGGUGCCCUUGUGAUCUAUUUAAUUAUGGAGGAGAAGAGUUUAUUUUUUAUGCAGAUUAUUACUUACAACCUUCCACUUUUCAACUGUAUUGUGAUGAACAAUUAUUUUCCUUGUUGUAAGUACAGGUAUUCCGUUUCCAUGUAUCAUACAAUUUAGAGGGAAAAUUAUAUUUAAUUCCUCUGACAUUAUUAAAGUUAUGGGAUGUGGAUGAAAGUUGGACUUCAGUUCAGAAGUGCAUUUUUAGGGCAAAUGUUUUGUGGAUGGAUGCAAUAUAUGUUAUUCUACGUUAUGUUAAUAAAAGUAAUAUUGUUAAACUUCA